CCGUACCAGGACCAGAUGCUGGUGAGUCCAGCAGUGCGCCCUCUCACCGCCAACUGGAGCAACGCGUCGACCACGUCGUCGCAAUGCUCGGCGACAUCAGCAUCUUCGCUGCGCCGACCACCAUCAGCAAUCACCUGGAUACUUUGAAGACCGAGGUCCAGCAACUGCAGUCGACGAACACGGAUGGCAACAAUCCAAAGCAAUACAAGAUGCCAACGUUUCAACUUGAGAAGUUCGACGACUACACGCAUCAGGACCCGGUGCUCUGGUGGGAAGCUUUCACGACGCAACUUCGGAUUCUGCCUGUCGCCAAGCACGCGUACAUCGGCGGCCUGUUCAUGAACUCAAAGGGCGGAUGCCAGAUCUGGUUAACCCACCUGGCAGCCACCCACGGCGUCGACGUCGCAGAUCUGAAAGACAAGGUUACAUGGGAAGAGUUAACACGGCUGUGGAAGAAGCGGUUCAUCGUCGACGACGCACCAGCACUCGCCAUCAACCGUCUCUUCACCAUGACUCAAGGCAACACAACAACACGUGACUGGCUCACGGAAUGGCAGAAGAUCGCGGCAACGCCCGAUCUUGACUUACCAUUUCCGCAUCUGCGCCGUGAGUUCUACAACAGGUCAUGCGCUGCAUUGAGCCAGGCACUUGGUGAUCGCGAGCAGUAUGCAACUUUCGCCGAGAUUAUUGACAAGGCGAGAGAGAUCAUCAAGACCAACAGGGCGGCUGCACAUGAGAAGUCGACAUGGCAGCCAACCUAUGUGGAGAAGGUGAGAACUGGUCCGCGGCAGCAGCAGUUCGCUGCAGUCCAAUCGGACAACACAGUGGAAGACCCGGCAACCACCCAAGCAUCACGUGAGGGAGAUCAGGUGGCUGUUGUCCAGCCGCGAAGCAACAACAAGCCCCGAAUAAACGGGAAGGCGAAACCAGCAUCGCAGGCCGGAAACGGACAGCCAGCACCAUGGGUCAAGUUCAACUUGAUCGAGGCCGAGUACAAGUACCGCGGCCGUUACGACUGCUGUUACUAUACCGACUCCGUUGCGGACGCCGAAGUAGAGGUUGUCGACCUUCACGCCUACAUUGCGAAGAUCGACCGCGAGUUCAAGACGCAACGGUACGACGACAUCGACGCACCAUUGCUAUAUGUACGCAUUCAGAUCGGAGAGGCGACCUGCAGCGCUUUGAUCGAUUGCGGAGCAUCUCGCAACUACAUGAGUCAGGACUUCAUGAUGAUCAGAAACGCUGGCCCUCUCCCGCGCAUCGACGGCCUUCUCGAACGACUGGGCGGCGCCAAGUUCUUCUCCAAGCUGGACCUUGAGUCGGGAUAUAACCAACUCGAGAUUCAGAAGGAGGAUCGCUACAAGACCGCAUUCAAGACUCGGUAUGGGCAUUUCGAAUGGCUGGUUAUGCCAUUUGGCCUUACGAAUGCCCUGGCCACUUUCCAAGCGACUAUGACAACGGAGUUCCGACACAUGCUGGAACGAUACAUACUUAUCUACCUCGACGACAUCUUGGUAUACAGUCGGAGUUUGGAGGAGCAUGUGGAACACCUGCGCACCGUUUUGGAGCGGCUACGACAGGCCAAGUACAAAGCCAACCGCGACAAGUGCGAAUUCGCGCGGCAGGAGCUGGAGCACUUGGGACAUUAUGUGACGCCGCAAGGCAUCCGCCCGCUUGCGGACAAGAUCGAGGCCCUACGAGUAUGGCCUGAGCCCACCAACACCACGGACGUUCGUUCAUUCAUGGGAUUGGCGGGCUACUAUCAGCAAUUCAUCACUGGAUACUCGAGGAUUGCUGCACCUAUGUCGAGAUUACAAUCGCCAAAGGUGCCAUUCGUAUUCGAUGACGACGCACACCGGUCAUUCCAAGCACUUAAGACGGCUAUGCUCAUGGCACCCGUCCUUAGCAUCUAUGACCCCACCCUGCCGACGAGAGUGACUACGGACGCUUCCGGCUAUGGCAUUGGGGCAGUCUUGGAACAGCACGACGGCACCCUGUGGAGUAUUUCAGCCACAAAGUGCCUCCCAUCAACUCGCUUGAUGAUGCAAGGAAGAAGGAGCUACUCGCAUUCGUGAUGGCUCUCAAGCGUUGGCGGCACUUCCUCCUUGGGCGUCGUAGGUUCACAUGGAUCACAGACAACAAUUCAUUGACCUACUACAAGACGCAGGAUACGGUGACCAGCACGAUCGGACGAUGGAUGUACUUCAUCGACCAAUUUGACUUCACACCAAAGCAUGUCCCCGGCCUCUCCAAUCGCGCAGCAGAUGCACUCUCGCGAAGACCUGAUCUUUGCACUAUGACACAUCAUGCCUUCGCAUUCGACGAGGAGCUCCAGCGACACUUCAUCAGGGGCUAUGAGUCCGAUCCAGAUUUCGCCACGCUAUAUGCGCAGCUAUCUUCCGAUCACCCGCCGGCCAGCCACUAUC